AACAGUCCAAAAAGGCAAAUGGGCUUCCUCCUCCUAGGGGCUCGCUCUGCGCGAGGUGCUAGCCCCGUAUCUGCCAUGCAAAACGAGGGAGCUUUAUGAAGGAAUCCGUCUUGUAAAGCCAUUGGUCCUGGUCAUCAGCCUCUACCCAAUGCUUUCGUGAUGCUGCCACUGAUCUAUUUGGGAAGUUGGCUGGCUGGCGAGGCAGAGCCUCUCCUCAAAGCCUGGCUCCCACGGAAAAUAUGCUCAGUGCAGCCGCGAGUGUGAAUGAAAACGCCGCCGGGCUCUUCUAGUCGGGCAAAAUGCAGCUGGAAACUCCGUUCGUUCUGUGCGUUCUUCUGUCCCAGGUGCUGCUGCUAACAUCUGCAGAAGAUUUGGAUUGCACUCCUGGAUUUCAGCAGAAAGUGUUUCAUAUCGAACAGCCAGCUGAAUUCAUCAAGGACCAGUCGAUUCUAAACUUGACCUUCAGUGAUUGUAAGGGGAAUGACAAGCUGCGCUAUGAGAUCUCAAGCCCAUACUUCAAGGUGAACAGCGACGGCAGCUUAGUCUCCCGAAGAAAUGUAACUGCAGUGGGAAGGACUCUGUUCAUCCACGCACGGACGCCCCAUGCGGAAGACAUGGCAGAACUUGUAAUCAUUGGGGGGAGAGACAUCCAGGGCUCCCUGCAGGAUAUAUUUAAAUUUGCAAGAACUUCUCCAGUCCCAAGACAAAAGAGGUCCAUUGUGGUAUCUCCGAUUUUAAUUCCAGAGAACCAGAGACAACCUUUCCCAAGAGUUGUUGGCAAGGUAGUCGAUAGUGACAGACCAGAAGGUUCCAAGUUCCGGCUCACUGGGAAGGGAGUGGAUCAAGACCCUAAAGGAAUUUUCAGGAUCAAUGAGAACACUGGCAGCGUCUCAGUGACACAGACCCUGAACCGGGAAAUGAUUGCUACUUAUCAACUAUUUGUGGAGACUACUGAUGUCAGUGGCAGAACUCUCGAGGGGCCGGUCCCUCUGGAAGUCAUCGUGAUUGAUCAGAAUGACAACAGGCCAAUCUUUCGGGAAGGCCCCUACAUCGGCCACGUCAUGGAAGGGUCACCUACAGGGACCACGGUGAUGCGGAUGACAGCCUUUGACGCAGAUGACCCUGCCACUGACAAUGCCCUCCUGCGGUAUAAUAUCCGUCAGCAGACGCCUGACAAGCCGUCACCCAACAUGUUCUACAUCGAUCCUGAGAAAGGAGACAUUGUCACCGUUGUGUCACCUGCGCUGCUGGACCGGGAGACGCUGGAAAAUCCCAAGUAUGAACUGAUCAUCGAGGCCCAAGAUAUGGCGGGACUGGAUGUUGGAUUAACAGGCACUGCGACUGCUACCAUCAUGAUUGAUGACAAAAACGAUCAGUCUCCGAAAUUCACCAAGAAAGAGUUUCAAGCCACAGUUGAGGAAGGAGCCGUGGGCGUGAUUGUCAAUCUAACAGUCGAAGACAAGGAUGAUCCCACCACAGGUGCAUGGCGGGCUGCCUAUACCAUCAUCAAUGGAAACCCCGGGCAGAGCUUCGAAAUCCACACCAACCCUCAAACCAACGAAGGGAUGCUUUCUGUCAUCAAGCCUCUGGAUUAUGAAAUUUCUGCAUUUCACACCCUGCUGAUCAAAGUAGAGAAUGAGGAUCCACUGGUCCCUGAUGUCUCCUAUGGCCCCAGCUCCACGGCGACUGUCCACAUCACCGUCCUGGAUGUCAACGAGGGCCCCGUGUUCUACCCAGACCCCAUGAUGGUGACCAGGCAGGAGAACAUCUCCGUGGGCAGCGUGCUGCUGACGAUGAACGCCACAGACCCCGACUCCCUGCAGCGUCAGACCAUCAGGUAUUCUGUCUACAAGGACCCAGCAGGCUGGCUGAAUAUCAACCCCAUCAAUGGGACCGUGGACACCAUGGCCGUGUUGGACCGUGAGUCCCCAUUCGUCCACAACAGUGUGUACACUGCCCUCUUCCUGGCCAUCGACAGUGGCAACCCUCCUGCUACAGGGACUGGGACUUUGCUGAUAACUCUGGAAGACGUAAACGACAAUGCUCCCUUCAUCUACCCCACAGUGGCUGAAGUCUGUGAUGAUGCCAAAAACCUCAGUGUUGUCAUUUUAGGAGCAUCAGAUAAGGAUCUUCACCCAAACACAGAUCCUUUCAAAUUUGAAAUCCAUAAACAGGCUGUCCCUGAUAAAGUCUGGAAGAUCUCCAAGAUCAACAAUACGCACGCCCUGGUAAGCCUUCUUCAAAAUCUGAACAAAGCCAACUACAACCUGCCAGUCAUGGUGACAGAUUCAGGGAAGCCCCCCAUGACGAACAUCACAGACCUCAGGGUGCAAGUGUGUUCUUGCAAGAACUCCAAAGUGGACUGCAACAUGGCAGGGGCCCUGCGCACCAGCGUGACCUCCAUCCUGCUCAUCUCUCUCUUCAGUUUAGCACGUCUGUGAGAACUCCUGACAUCUGCAGCUUUACUACCAAGUUUCCAUAGCAACAGGAAAAAAAGGGGGGAAAAAACCCACAUCUGAAGAUUGCCAUUUAUAGUGAUCGAACUUCACAAACAGGCCUCGAUGGUCUCAGUCUCGUUUUCUUUGCAACUUCACAUAGUCUGUACCUCGCCACUUUUGACAGCAUCUUCCUCUCUCCCUUCAUUGAUGGAAUCCUCUGAAUUUUCCCCGAAUGUUUAAAGAUCACGACACAGAACUUGACCUUCUGGGAAGCAGGAACAGCGACAACUUUCUCUGAUGUGUUGACAUGUUGCUAAAUCAGUGCUUCACACACGCAGCUCUGUCUGUGGGUUAGUAUUUGUAUACGUAUGAGUAUCUGUUGUGUAUAGACAUAGUAUUUAUAUGGGGAGGCGACACAGGAGGAGUCUGGUUUGAGAUGCCAUUCUUUCUUGAGAGGUCAAAGAAGGGAUAGAAGCUAAGACAGCUGAACCCUCGGAGGCCUCAGCAUCAAACUCAGCCCUAGCACAGCCCACACAGCUGCCUCUUCCCCUGAUGUCCCUUCCACGCCCCAUUCAGCCUCAUCACUGCCAUGACCAGCCAGGUUGGUCCCCAGAGAGGGGAGCAGAGAAAGGAAGCUGCUUUCUUUUUAGUACAGGGAACUUGAUGACUAAUUCACUGCCACUGAAUGUCACGGUCCUGAGCGGAGGUGGGAGAGAAGCAGAGCAUGCAAUGUUACCCCCAAAUGCCAAAAAAAAGGGCUGACAUAUUCCUUCCUGGGCAUCAACUUGCAUUUGGAGACAUCCUGAACCCACAAGUUAUAACCCACUGGUUAUUACGGGAGCACCAAUCCUGGUCAGUCUGUGUACAACUGCAAAUGUCAUCAGAGAAGUCACAUGUACACAGGAAGAGGCCAACAGGUACCAUCCUGUAUACGUGUACAGACCCACAUGUAUAGACAUACGUUUAUGCACAUACACAGUUUGUUUCCUAUAUACAUGCAUAAAAUAGAGUAAAUACAGGUAGUUUAAAAAAAAAGUAACUUUUUGUGUGAAUCAACUACCGUUGUUUGCAAAGCUGAAAAUAAAAGAUGUUCAUUAUGUAUGAAAAGUAAUUGAUUUUUAUUCCGUGAGCAUGUCAAAGUAAGAGGAAAGUUAGUGCUUGUACUAAGAUUAUCUUCUUGUGGAUAAACUGUAAAUGAAACCAUCAAAGCUCACACCAAAUUUUUCUAUCAAAUAAAACUAGUGAGAGCCUGUAGCUUUUUAUUAGAGCUUGCCACGAACUAGGGUAAGGUAAGUGUCUUAGCAUAUUUUAAUGCGGUUGCUUACUAAGGGUCUUAACCACACGCACACAUGCAUACACACGCACACGCUUUCUUAUGCAAUCUAUGUUUGCACCUGUGCUUUUUAGUUAGCCUUUUAUAGGAAGUAAAAGUCAUAUGUUGUCUUUACUGUAGUGAAAUUAUGCAGCUAGAGUUCCUUAUAUUGUAUUUGUUUCAAUAGUAAAUCUUUUUGGAAGCAUAUAGAAUGCAGAGAAUUUUUUUUUCCAUUAAAAUAAAUGGGUAUUGGUGGUUAAAACUG